UAUUAUGCAAUAUUCCUCAACAAGGGCCGUCUGGAAGUGCAUCUCUCCACGGGGACACGAACAAUGAGGAAAAUUGUCGUCAAACCAGAGCCGAGUCUGUUUCAUGAUGGGAGAGAACAUUCGGUUCAUGUAGAGAGAACCAGAGGCAUCUUUACCGUUCAAGUUGAUGAAGACAAAAGACAUAUGCAAAACCUGACCGUUGAACAGGCCAUCGAGGUUAAAAGGCUUUUCAUCGGGGGCGCUCCACCUGAAUUUCAACCCGCCCCACUCAGAAAUAUUCCUCCUUUUGAAGGCUGCGUCUGGAAUCUUGUGAUUAACUCUGUCCCCAUGGACUUUGCACGGCCUGUAUCCUUCAAAAAUGCAGACAUCGGUCGCUGUGUCUAUCAGAAACCCCGUGAAGAUGAAGAUGGAACAACCCCAGCCGAAAUCAUAAUCCAGCCUGAGCCCGUUCCUACCCCAGCCUUUCUGACACCCACCCCAGUCCUGGCACAUGGUCCUUGUGUUGCAGAAUCAGAGCCAGCUCUUUUGAUAGGGAGCAAGCAGUUCGGGCUCUCAAAAAACAGUCACAUUGCAAUUGCAUUUGAUGACACCAAGGUUAAAAAUCGUCUCACAAUUGAGUUGGAAGUGCGAACCGAAGCAGAAUCAGGCUUGCUUUUUUACAUGGCUCGGAUCAAUCAUGCUGAUUUUGCGACAGUUCAGCUGAGAAAUGGAUUGCCCUACUUCAGCUAUGACUUGGGGAGUGGGGACACCAACACCAUGAUUCCCACCAAAAUCAAUGAUGGCCAGUGGCACAAGAUUAAGAUAGAGCGAAUUAAGCAAGAAGGAAUUCUUUAUGUAGACGGUACCUCCAACAAAACCAUAAGUCCCAAGAAAGCUGAUAUCCUGGAUGUUGUAGGAAUGCUGUAUGUUGGUGGGUUACCCAUCAACUACACUACCCGAAGAAUUGGUCCAGUGACCUACAGCAUUGAUGGCUGCAUCAGGAAUCUCCACAUGGCAGAGGCCCCUGUUGAUCUCGAGCAACCCACCUCCAGCUUCCAGGUGGGGACGUGUUUUGCAAACACUCAGAGGGGGACCUAUUUCGAUGGAACGGGUUUUGCCAAAGCAGUUGGUGGAUUCAAAGUGGGAUUGGACCUUCUGGUAGAAUUCGAAUUCCGCACGACCAGAACCACUGGAGUUCUUCUAGGAAUCAGUAGUCAGAAAAUGGAUGGAAUGGGUAUCGAGAUGGUUGACGAAAAGCUUAUGUUUCACGUGGACAACGGCGCCGGCCGGUUCACUGCGGUCUACGAUGCUGGGAUCCCAGGACACUUGUGUGACGGUCGGUGGCAUAAAGUCACUGCCAACAAAAUCAAACACCGCAUCGAGCUAACGGUCGAUGGGAACCAGGUGGAAGCCCAGAGCCCAAACCCGGCAUCUACAUCAGCUGACACAAAUGACCCUGUAUUUGUUGGAGGCUUCCCAGAGGGCCUCAACCAGUUUGGCCUGACGACCAACAUUCGGUUCCGAGGCUGCAUCAGGACCCUGAGACUCACCAAAGGCACAGGCAAGCCGUUGGAGAUUAAUUUUGCCAAGGCCAUGGAACUGAGGGGCGUUCAGCCUGUAUCAUGCCCAGCCAACUGAUACAAAUAAGCUUAACCCCAAGAAAAGCCCAUCAAAGCAAGUACUUCAAGUAAAAUAAAUGUAUUUACCUAUAUAUGUUAAUAAAACUAAUUUGUGCACGUAUAUAUAGGAUUCUUUCUGUAUUCAGAUGGUGCUAAUUCAGACCCCAGACUGAAUUUUAAUUCAAGUUCUUUCUCAAGUCUGUGAAUAUUAAACCAAUUAUUUCAUUCUGAA